AUGGCAGGUGGAAUCUCUCCUACUGAAAAUGGCCCAGUUGAAUCAGAAGAAGACAACACAAUGAUUAUCCAGUAUCUGUCAAGUAUUCAACUACCAAAAGUUACUGAUGUAGAAACACGUAGUGCUCUGGUUAAGUUAACUCCUCCAGAUAUGGAAACAGCUGAGUUUGAGUUAGAUAUUGGAGAUUUGAAAUAUGAAUUACUGCUGUCUGACAAAGGAAGGGAUGCUAAAUAUAAGCCAGUUUAUAAUGGCGACGCUAAUGAAAUAACCCUUAAAGACCUGAAACCGGCAACAGAUUAUCACUUGCGUGUAUGUUCUGUACUAAGUGAGGACUUGAAGGGUGCCUUAACAGAACCUAUUAGUUUUUGCACCCAGGCUUGUGAACCUGAUGUUCCACCUCUUCCUAAGUCUUACUCUAUCACUAAAAACUCAAUCAGUUUAAAGUGGAAUCCAUCUUGUGAUAAUGGAUCUAAAAUUUCAACUUACACCUUAGAAUGUAAACAAGGUGAUCGUUUUGUUGAAAUUUAUAAUGGUUUGCAGAAACAAUUUCGUGCUACUAAACUUCAGCCAGCUACACGUUAUUUCUAUCGCUUGGCUGCUAUUAACAGCAUUGGGAAAAGUGACUUUUGUGAGUUUAGUUACAGUACAAAGGGCACUGUACCCUCUCAGCCAGACCCUCCUAUGUUGGGUCAACAGUUCGUAUAUUCUCUUACAAUAUCUUGGAUCAAGAGACCAAAUGAUGACAUAUUUCAACUACAGAUGGAUGAUGAAACAUCAGGUCAUGGCUUUUUAUCUCUCUAUAAUGGAAGCGAUUUGUCUUUCACUGUUCGUAACCUUCGUCAAAAUUCAGAAUAUAAAUUUCGUCUUGCUGCUAAAAAUGAUGAGGGUGUAAGCAAGUGGAGUGAUGUUAUAUGUUUCCGAACUUUGCCUGAAAGACCAUCGGUUCCUGCUAAACCUCAGAUUAAAGGCAAAGUUUUGUCUGAUAGGUUCAGGAUAAUCUGGGAUGCUCCUGCUGAUGAUGGUGGAGCUGUUAUCAACAAAUUUAUUGCUGAACUUGAUAAAGGUAAUGGAUUUGAAACAUUUUACGAGGGUUUGGAGAAGGAAUACCAAUUUGACCAGCUUACACCUGGUCAUACAUAUCGAAUUAAAGUAGCUUGCUGUAGCAGUGGAGGCCGCAGUGAAAUGUCUGAUGUUUGUUCAGUCACUACACAACCUGUUGCACCUUCACAAUGUCCAUCACCAAAAUUACAAGGCAAACCAAAAGCUACAUCAUUACAUCUCCGCUGGAGUGCCCCAGAAAAUAAUGGUGGAUCCCAAAUAACAUGUUUUGCUGCCCAAAUGAUUUCAUCUGAUAACAGCACAAGAGAAGUUUAUAAAGGCCAUGAUUUAGAUUGUAUAGUUGCAGGACUAUCACCAGGAAGGGCAUAUUUGUUUCAAGUGCGUGCUUUCAAUAGAAUUGGCUGCGGCCCUUGGUCUGAACCCCUUGAAGUUGUUAGUGGGGCAGGACCUCCCGAUGUUACAAGGCCACCAACUGUAAUCUGCAAGUCUUCAAGUGCUAUGAUCAAUUGGGAGGAACCUUUCAACAAUGGUGCUGAAGUUACAGAAUACCGUUUAGAAUGGCAGUAUCGUUCAGACCAAACAGAAUUUUCACAGCUUUAUGUUGGCCCUAAAUGUAGCUAUGAGGCCAAAGGAUUAAUACCUGACAAGUUGUACACGUUUCGAGUACAGGCCAUCAACAGUGCUGGCGCUGGACCGUUCUCGACUCAUGCAACUUGUGUCACACUACCAUCUAGUCCAGCCUCCAUUUCAACCAUAAGAUGUACAUCAACAGCAUCUUCAAUUACGCUAAGCUGGAAAGAACCUAGUAAUAAUGGUAGUGAUAUAACAGCCUAUUAUAUUGAUAUGGGAGACAAGCAGAUCAUUGUUGAUAGAGUUGGAGAAUACACCAUUGACAGUUUGACUCCAGAAACCACUUACAGAGUUCGUAUUCAAGCAGAAAAUGGUAUUGGUGUUGGGCCUUUCAGCUCUUUAGUUAAAGUAUCAACUAAAGCACUUCCACCUAGCUCCCCAAGACUGGAAUGUGCUAUGGUUGGUUCUAAUUCUAUUAAGCUCAAAUGGGGAGAUGGAAGAAAUUCUGAUCCUUUGUCAUAUGUAUUAGAAAUGAUGAAGCCUGAUGGAACAUUCAGCACAUUAUAUGUAGGUCCAGCACAAACCUACAAAAUAAACCGACUAUCAGAGAUGACUGCUUAUGAAUUUCGUAUUUAUGCCUGUAAUGAAGCUGGUAAAGGACCAUAUUCAGAAAAUUAUACGUUUUCAACAACCAAGGCAGUGCCUCCAGUUUUGAGAGUACCAAAGGUCACAUCAAUCUGUCUAACAGGCUGUGUAGUAGAAUGGGUAGGGUGUCGUCCCAUGGGAACAGACACCAUAAUAUAUCAACUUCAGAUGCAGUGCUUAAAUAAUGUGCAUGAAAAUUAUAAAGAGGUGUAUAAGGGACCAAAUACAUUUUAUACCUUGGACAAUUUGGAACCAAAAACUGAAUAUAAUGUAAGAGUGUGUGCCAUUCGACAAGGACUGUUAGAGGAUGAAGAUAUUGUUGGCCCUUUCAGUCCAGGAUUUACUUUCUGUACCCAGAGUCCAGAAACCAUCAAGCCUGUCUCAACACGCUCCACAGAGACAAAGAUUAUCGUCAAGAAACCUUUAAGUGAUCAACAAAAAGCUAUGGUUAUUGUUGUAUUUUUUGUUAUCAUGGGAGUUCUAGUUGCCUUUAUUUUGGAAAAAAUCUUUAUUACGUAG